AUGCUUGAGCUGGAAUUGGCAGCAAAAGAAAAAAGCAAUGGGGGAGCAGCAUCUGAGGUUUUGACACUGAUGAAAAGGAUGUUGGAAAGUCUGAAUGAGAUUGUAGAAACGGCAGAUAUAAAGGCUACAGAAAAAGGCCUUUCGAUUCAGGUGAUGGAUGUGACGCAUGUGGCCUUUGCAGAUAUUUUCUUGUCAUCAACGAUGUUUACGAAGUACCGGUGCGACAGGGAUCUGGUGAUUGGAGUCCAGCUCAAGACCUUUACGAAGAUAAUAAGAGGAAUGAGUGUUGAAGGAGGGGGAAUAUUCAAGAUGGAAUGUGAUGAUGCCAUCACCAACCUGAAUGUUAAGAACAUCCGAGAAGGGAAUGUUCUCAGCUUCAAGCUGAAGUUGUUUUCCUCUGAUUCUGAGGUCUAUAAUAUUCCUGACUUCGAAUUUGAUGUAUCUGCAUCCAUACCGGCAGAUGAGUUUAUGUACGUUCCUAGGCUUGUGGGUACAUUUGGAGAUGUUGUUGGGGUUCAGGCAGAGGGAAAGACUCUGAUGUUCUUUCAGACCGGAGAACAUGCGGAUGCAUCUAUGAGCUUUGAAGAGUCACCGGGAAGGGAGGGGAUAAAGAUUGAGGCAAAAGAGCUCAUAACCCAAGAGAUUGCUAUGAAAUACGUUAACCUUAUUAGCAAGGUUGUACCUCUUUAUAAGGAUGUGAAAAUCUCUUUGGGAGUAGGAAAGCCUGUGUUUUUUGGGCUUUACCUGGACGGCACAGCCCAUAUGAAGCUCUAUGUGGCACCCAAGUUCGAAAAUGAAUGA